AUGGCUGACGGCGACGCGGAAGUACCUGAAGUGUCGCCGAAUAAUGAAGAGUCUGAGAAGAAGGUCGUUGCGGAGGAUACCGAAGAGAAAAAAGAGGAGCUUGACGGCCAUGAGAUUACAGCAGCGGCAAGCAUGCAGAGUUUAUUGGAUCAAGUGGUAGAUCGACCGACAAACGCCGAUGAUGAGGAGGCCAAACUAUUGGAGGCCGUUAGCGAGUAUGCAGUUAAAGAAGUUAAUAUUGAAGAACCAGGCGAAGAUGGUGAACAGGAGGAUGGUCAACAGGACGUUGAUCAUAAAGAUGACCAGGCCUAUUCGAGCGUACAGGUUGUAGUCAGCGGUUUCGAUCUGGCCAUGGACGAUGAUGAGGAGAUCGUCGAGGAAGAGAUCGAAGAGUCGGAGCCAUCACUGCCGACGCCUCUGGACCGCUUCCCGUAUUACGAAAGAUAUUUGGAUGCAAUGAAGGAGUACGGUGUCAUCAAGAGAGUGAACAACUUUUACCAUAAAAAGAUGGCCGAGUACUUCAAGAAACGCAAGAUGGAACACGUUAUGCGUGAGAGUGAACAUCCGGAGGAGGUGUAUAUGAAGUACGCGAAGAAAUUGGACAACUUCUACGAUCUGAUAUCGCGGGACAAGGAGCAAAGGGGAGCAAUCAACAGGGAGAUGAGUAAUAUGAAGGCGGUGCGAGACGAGAGGUGCAGCAACGCUUUCGAGGACUUCAAAGGAAUGAUGCUGCGCGAGAAGGAGAUUGGAUCGGGCUUGAUUUACACGAAAACUGGAAAGGAAAUUCCGGAUAAGGCUUUGGAUAAAAUGAUCAACAUUCAGAGGGAUAAGGCUGCCGAAUUGCAGGAACUGCGGCUCACGCACAUCAAGAUUAGAAACGCCGUGACAGAUAAACAUGCAGCCAUUAGGGCCAUGGAUAGGAUCGGAGAUAAUUACACGCUGAUGGAGUUUGAGCAGUUGAAGAUGGAGAACCAGGGUCAUGCGGAUAAGAUCGAGGAAAGGGAUGAGGAACUAUCGCAGCUGAGGAAGAAGUGUAACGGAGCCAUGCAAUGUUUGGCGCACGUUCGCGAAAAGUGCUCGGCCGUCGAGAUCAAGACCAAAAUCUACAAAAGCAAUUUUGAUGACAAAGAGAAUGACCGAAUAAAGGCUAGGGAAAUGGUGAACGUAUUUAAAUUGCAGCGUGAUAACUACCGAAACGAAACGCAACGAAUGAAAGAGGAGUCGGGUCUCUUAACCAAAGACAAGCUUCUAAAUGACAUGGAGAGAUCAAUGGAGGAAAUUAAAAGCUUGGAAGAGCUGCUGGCGAACGAAUCGAAGCGAUUCGAGAAACUUAAGAGAAUGAACGAGCAAGUGAAGAAGAGCUACGAGAGGGAGACGAAGAAAGUUAAGUGCAUGAUUGCUUUCGCCGCCGUACGCAAAGAAUCCGCCAAGAAACGCGGAAUGAAAAAGAAAAAUAGGAACCUGUCAGUCGAUCAACGCCUGAGCAAAGUGAUGAGCAAGCAGUUCUUCAUCAAGAUCGACGAUUUUUGA